AUGUCGUCUUUCGGUCGUUUCUUCACCGUUACCACUUACGGUGAGUCGCACUGCAAGUCUGUGGGGUGCAUUGUGGAUGGUGUUCCUCCAGGAAUGAGCCUCACAGAGGACGAUAUCCAGCCGCAAUUGAGCAGAAGAAGACCAGGCCAGUCCAAGCUGUCAACGCCUAGAAACGAAAAAGACAAAGUCAUGAUCCAGUCCGGAACGGAGUUCGGCAAAACGCUGGGAACCCCCAUUGGUAUGGUUGUGUUGAACGAGGACCAAAGACCUCACGACUACAACGAAAUGGACUUGUACCCAAGACCAUCGCACGCGGAUUUCACCUACCUGGAAAAGUACGGCGUGAAGUCAUCUUCCGGUGGUGGCCGCUCUUCUGCUAGAGAAACCAUCGGCCGUGUUGCUGCCGGUGCCAUUGCUGAGAAAUUUUUGAAACAGGUGUCGAAUGUUGAAAUUGUUGCGUUCGUGACUCAAAUCGGCGCCAUUAAGAUGAACCGCGACCCCUUGGAUAGCAAAUUUCAGCACAUUUUGAACACCAUCACCAGAGAAAAAGUCGACAGCAUGGGUCCGGUGAGGUGUCCUGACAACACUGUCGCUGAAGACAUGGUCCACGAGAUCGAAAAAUACAGAGGCAACAAAGACUCUAUUGGCGGUGUGGUGACUUGUGUUAUAAGAAAUCUACCAGUGGGAUUGGGAGAGCCAUGUUUCGACAAAUUGGAGGCUUUGCUCGCCCAUGCCAUGCUUUCUAUUCCAGCCUCAAAGGGUUUCGAGAUCGGUUCUGGUUUCGAGGGUGUGCAACUGCCCGGCUCCAAACAUAACGACCCAUUCUACUUCGACGAAGACACCAAGAAAUUGCGUACCAAAACCAACAAUUCUGGUGGUACCCAAGGUGGGAUUUCCAACGGUGAGAACAUCUACUUCUCGGUACCUUUCAAGUCUGCUGCUACAAUUUCCCAAGAGCAAAGCACAGCAACCUACAACGGUGAAGACGGUGUGCUGGCCGCUAAGGGUAGACACGACCCCUCUGUUACGCCCAGAGCCGUCCCCAUUGUCGAGGCUAUGGCUGCUCUAGUGCUCGCUGAUGCGUUGUUGCUCCAGAAGGCUAGAGAGUUUGGAAUGAAGAUUGUGAAAUGA